UGCCCGGGGCCGCCCCCGUGGGCCCCCCCAGCGAAUACACCGAGGUGCCCCUGGGCUGUCUCCAGAUCCCGGGGGGCGGGGCCUUGUCCCCCCAGCCCACAGGGCCCCCCGAGGCCGAGCGCUUCGAGGAGCUGCCGCUCUGCUCCUGUCGCAUGGAGGCCCCCAAGGUCGAGAGGGGGGGGGGACGGACGGGGGCUCUGCAUGGCCACCGAGAGCGUGGACGGACAGCUGAGUGGCUGUGGCAGUGCCAUCUUGAAGCGGGAGACGAUGCUCAGCCCCCUGAUUUCAGGGCUCUUUCCCCCCAAUUUCAGG